AUGCUAGGACAGUACAUGGAUAACAUUGAUUUGCAUUGUAUUUUUUGUAAUCAUCCAUGUGAAUCAUUACAACAUCUGUUCUUUGAUUGUUCAUAUGCAAAAUCUGUAUGGAUGCUUCCACCAUUGGAAGGUUUGAAUUUUAAUCUCACUUCAGACUCGCCUUUUUUGAGUCUAUAUACGAACUGGAUUACAGGAAAUUCUACAAAUAAUGUCAUUGAAAUUAUUGCAACCAAAUGUUGGUUGAUCUGGAAAGAAAGGUGUUUAAGGGUCUUUCAAGAUAAAUCAGCGUCUAGUCUCCAGCUCUCUAUGGCAGUAAUUAGACACAUAAAAUUCUGGUCUCCAUCUUUACUAAAUAAUUUGUCUAUGAAUGGUGAAUCUAGCCAGGCAUCUGAUGUUGCAAGAACUUUAGUUGUUGAUUGUAUUAUGAACCCUAACAUCAAUAAAAGAUGGCUCCCUCCCAAUUUAAAUCAGUUCAAGUUGAAUUUUGACGCCUCAUGGAUUGAUGAAAAAUCAAUUGCAGGUUAUGGACUAAUCUUUCGCUCUGCAACAGGUACAACUGUCCAAGCUGGAUCUGGGGCCAUCUUUGCCUCCAGCCCUGAAGAGGCAGAAGCUUUAGCUUUGCUUGAAGCAGCAAAGUGGGCAACAAUCAUGGAUUUUAAACAUUUCUGGAUCGAGGGAGAUUGCAAAGGAGUUUUAGAUUAUGCUAAAGUCCUAUCAAGCACUAUUCAUUGGAGAAAUCAAGCCAUAGUAAAUGAAGCUCAGAGAAUACUGAAGUCUUGUGAGCAUUUUUUGGGUUUUACAUUCAGUCAAAGGAGUAGUAACAACGUCGCUGAUGUACUAGCAAAACAUGCACGAAAAGAAGGCUACUACAAACAACAGUGGAGACAAAUGCCAUCUUUCCUUUCUUAUGCUUAA